UAAGAAUGUUGGGCCGAAGUCACGCAGCCUUUCGUUACGACUGAAAUUUUUCUUAGAACUCGUUCAUUUUCUCGACACCAUUCGAAAACAAUUUGUACGUGGCGUUACUCGUUCAUCGUCGAAAGCAAUCGACCAAUGACACCAGCAUGGCAUCAUCAGCAGUCAACGUGUUACAAAUGGAAACUUUACGAGUGAAUAAGCACCAGCCAAUAUUCGAUCGUUUUAACGAAUAUUAUUUCACACAUGAAUAUUUUCCUUCAGCGUAUUUACAAGCGAGAAAUCGAAUUCUGAGUUAAUGCUCGUUCACACUCGUUCAUGCUCGCGAUACUGCCCACGUUUGUUCGUUCAUGUUCGUUCAUGCUUGUCCGCGUUGUUCGUCAAAUGUAGAUCCGGCUCAGAAUGCUCGUAAAUGCUAUUGCGGAGUCGUUAUAGCAGCACAUCGACGCGUAUACACUAUCGAACCUAUGUUUCCCCUGAAAUUCUAAAAAUUGGCAAACAUUAAGUUCCAAAAAUAUUAAUACAUUGCAUAUUCAUAUCGCCAUAUGUGUAUACUGAAUUUUACAUAGUUUCAUUUUAGUUUUCCUACGAAUUGAGGUAACCAACAACAUCGUUACGUAUCUAAUUCUGUUUAAUUUGACUGUCUCCUACGGUGACGUUGUUUUAAUAUAGAAACGAACGAAAGAAAUAAUUCUACGUGAAAAAUGAAAUAAAAAAUAUAUCGCAAAUUUUGAGAAUUAAAAACACGUUGUAAUAGUUGUCAGCUUGACGUUCACAUACGGUGAAAAAGAACUGUUUCGAACCCAUUUAAGGUAAAAUUACCAUUACCACGCACGAUACAGUAAAUAGUGGAAUCAGCAUCAAAUACGUAUUAAUGAACCUUGUAAUUAUAGUAGCCACUUGCUGUUCGCAGUGCGACCAAUUUACUUCAGCAAUGACCAUCCUUUUGAUUCGAUGUUCAUUUGCUAAUUAUCCUCGACCUCGGUUUCACGUACGUUUUAAUUACACUGCAAUGAUCGGUAAAACACUUUCAUCGAUAGUUGCUUUUCUUUUUGCUAUAGCCAAACGGGAAAGAUCUUUUCGUUUCCACGAGAAAACUUUGAGUCCUAUCGUAAAACAUCCCCUAAUGAAUAAAAUAAAAAUAUCAUUAAACAAGAAUAAAUACUUUCAAUAGUUUUAGAAGGAAAUGAUAUUUACAUAAAAGUGUGAUCAUUUGUGAUUGCUUCUAAGUUAAAACAAUUUAUUUAAGUAUGUAUUACGCGGUCGUUGAAUCCGCAUUGAUUAUAACUGAACCAGGGAUUUUUAUACAAAUUUAUAUUUUUACGAACACAAGUAAAGAAAUAGAACUUAAAUAGAGACUCGUUUUGCUUAUUAAAGAUUAUAACGAGUACUUUACUUUCCGUAUUUCCGAUAUUUUAUAUAAUUAAACAUAUUCUAUACACUUUUGUCUCUUUAACGAAUACUUUUAGUGUGUAGAUACUUUCUACAGCCAUUACAUACAUGUACAUACAUAUAUUAUUAUAUGUAUAUGUACAUCGAAUGAGUCAGCGCACAAGCUCUACUCGCAAUCAAUUCACCUGUACGAAUAAGAUAAAGCAUAUUCAUACCUUUCCUAACGUUCACAAGGAACGAUCGCACUAAUAUCUCUCGAGACAGUGAUAAUAAUUAUUAAAAAGGAAUUUGAUACCACACGCCAGUUGUAAAAUUAUUACUAUUACGAAAAGGUAGCAAUUAUUUCUUUGCAUGUUCGUGAUCGUGUUCACUGCUUCGUAUACCGAUUAUAAAGGGCACCAAGAUUUAUUGAUAAAUUAAAAUUUGUUUAUUUGUUAGAUUUAUUUCUAAAUUAAGAAACUCUCGACAAGUAAGAAGUAUGGUUUUGAAUUUAUCGUAUACAUAUGCCCAAUUCUCAUUUUUAGAUAGUUCAAUGAAUCGCCUUCUUUACGUUGUUUGUACGUACGCUUGAACUGUUUCGCGUGUAUCGAUUGCUUGUUAAUGGCGCACGCACGUAGCAGUACUUUACUACACAUGUAGUUCCAGAUCACGUAUAUAUAGGUUGGUCGUAUGAAAAAUAGUUGUCUAUCGAUUACAUCGAUUGAAAACAAAACUGUGGCAAUACGCUUGAAUCGGCCAAGAGAUGAAACCCUUACUUGCCGCGCGCUUCCGCGCGUGUUGCGCUUUGGAAACGGUUCCCAUCGAAUUUCAGUUCGGCAAUCUCGCCAUCGCUCGUUCCAUUCGUCGUAAGAGCAAACGAAUUCUUUCCUCUUUCCAAUUUUUUAUCGCUCUUUUCUGUUUUGUUUCUCUUUUAUACCUUUUUUCGAUGCAAAUUCUCGAUCUUUAUUGCACUUCAACUAAAACCGAAUAUUCAUGGUGCAAACAUUGGAAAAUCUCACAAUAACUCUUGGCAUUGUUCAACAAUGACGAAAAGAAUGUGCCAUAGGACGUAUUAAAUGCGAAGUAAGGUACACAGGAUAGUUCUGUAACUUUCGUAUGUGUGUAUAUUGAUUUAGUUAGCGAUAUUGAUUCUAUCGAAAAUCGUUGUGAACGAAACCGGCGCCGCUGAAAAAAAGGGGCGUGUAAUGGAAUAUUUCAAUACUUUUCACUGACGGUCUCGAAAGUUUUAAAGUUGCAACGAAAUAUUUUUUCGAUAACGUUGAAACGAUACUUCACUAGCAUGUGAUACGCGGCAAAUGUUUAAUUGCAUUGAGCGGCAAGUCACAAGCUACACGUGUGUUUAAAAUUUAACAAGCAAUCAUGUCAGUGGAUCUGUAUUACACGCCAAUGAGUUCACCUUGCAGAGCGGUUCUCUUGACUGCCGAGGCCAUUGGUAUUACUUUAAAUUUAAUAGAAAUCAAUUUAUUUGAAGGCGAGCAUCUAAAGCCAGAAUUUGAACAGCUGAAUCCACAGAAAACUGUCCCGUUUCUUGUAGACGGCGAUUACAAACUAUCUGAAAGUCGAGCCAUCAUGUCAUAUUUAGUUGAUCAAUAUGGUAAAAACAUUCGUCUAAAUCCGCAAACACCGGCUGGUCGAGCAUUGGUCAAUCAUCGAUUACAUUUUGAUAUUGGUACGUUGUAUCGGGGCAUGAAAAAUUAUUAUUAUCCAGUUGUGUUUAGAGGGGCAAAUUACAAUCCAGAAUAUUACAAGGUACUCGAAGGCGCGUUUGAUGUCCUCAAUAAAUUUCUAAAUGGGCAAGAUUACGUCGCUGGACGCAAUUUGACCAUCGCCGAUCUCGCAUUGGCAGCCACUGUAUCAACAUCGGAGGUUUUCGGUUUCGAGGUGGAGAAAUACGUGAAUGUUGCUAAAUGGAUGGAGAGAAUAAAAUCAUCCGCGCCAGGUUAUCGUAAAGCCAAUGGUGAAGGAUUAGAAAUAAUGAAAAAAUUGGCCGAUAAUGCAAAAAAGUAGUAAUCUAUGCCACUACUGAUAUAUUGGCAUGUUAUUUGUUAAAUUUAGUAAAAUUGUAGAAAGUAGAAAGUAAUAAAGUAAGCCUUCCUUAGAAA